AUGUCAGGUCCACUAGAAAGAUUGGAGGAUUUGAUGAACCAACCAGGCAAUAAGAUAUGUGCAGAUUGUGGCACUCCAGAUCCUAAAUGGGUGUCUUCAAACCUUGGAGUAUUUAUAUGUAUCAAAUGUUCCGGUGUCCACAGAAGCCUUGGAGUUCACAUAUCAAAGGUUGUGUCAGUGAAGCUAGAUGAAUGGACAGAUGAGGAAGUUGAUUCCUUGGUCAAUUUAGGUGGAAAUACUAGAGUAAACAUGAAAUAUGAAAAUUCUAUUCCAGAUUAUGUCAAAAAACCAAAGCCAGAUUCCUCCAUAGAGGAGCGUUCUGAUUUCAUCAGGAGAAAAUAUGAGUUGCAACAGUUUUUGGACCCUCCUAAUAGUUCAUCUCAUAGCAUUUCCUCAUCAGUGAAUGCUAUUGUACCUUAUGAGAAGAAAAAUUUUGAGAAACAAGUCGCUAGCAUCCGUUUUAAUGCAAUUGGACAUGCAUUUCGGAACAGCUGGAGAAGAAAGGAGUCUGAGCACAAGCCUACAAAGAAAUCCAACUCAGAGCCGGGUAUGGUCGAAUUCGUUGGUUUGAUAAAGGUCAAUGUUGUCAAAGGCACCAAUCUAGCCAUUCGUGAUGUGGUGUCUAGUGAUCCUUAUGUAAUCCUUUCAUUGGGACAGCAAUCAAUGAAGACUCGUGUGAUAAAGAACAAUCUUAACCCAGUUUGGAAUGAAAGAAUAUUGUUAUCAAUUCCAGAACCAGUCCCACCUCUUAAAGUGCAAGUCUUUGAUAAGGAUACGUUCUCACAGGACGAUCACAUGGGGGAGGCCGAGAUAGACAUCCAACCUCUCCUCUCUGCUGCCAAAUCCUGCGAAAGCUCCACCAACAAAUCAUCUAUAGAGCUAGGAAAGUUGGCAGCAACCCAGGAUAGCACCUUACUAAAAGACAGUAUUAUCACCGUGGAAGAUGGAAAGGUAAAGCAAGUUGUCGCAGUAAGGCUGCAGAAUGUCGAACGGGGAGUGAUAGAAAUUGAGCUAGAAUGCGUUCCUCUAAGCCAAUAG